GGGAACUCGGGCGCCGCCGCCCGGACCGAGACCAGCGCGUCGUCUCCCGCUCGCAGCCAGACCCCAGGACGAGGGCCCGGCGGACCUGGUGCCACAGGCAACGCAGGUCAGCCCGCGGUCAGAAGACGCAUCGAGAUUGCUCUUCUGGGUGGCCCCGUUCCUGAGGAGCCAUGGAGGCGCCGUUCAGGGCCAGAGGAUUAGUCUUGCCUCUCAUUUUCUUCCUGUUGGAACUUGCCACCGCCACAGAAAUACCACUUUCAGUUCAACAGGUUCCAACAAUCACAAAACAGUCGAAAGUACUGGUUGCCUUUCCCUUUGAUGAAUAUUUUCAAAUUGAAUGUGAAGCUAAAGGAAAUCCGGAACCAAAAUUUACGUGGACUAAAGAUGAGAAGCCCUUCGACCUCUCCGAUCCUCGGGUCAUUGUCUCCAACAACUCAGGAACCUUCAGGAUCCCAAAUGAAGGGCACAUAGCUCACUUCCAGGGGAAGUACCGCUGCUUCGCUUCCAACCGGCUGGGGGUCGCUAUGUCGGAAGAGAUAGAGUUCAUCGUUCCCAAUGUCCCGAAGUUCCCAAAAGAAAAGAUCGAGCCUCUUGAGGUGGAGGAGGGAGACCCCGUGGUGCUGCCCUGCAACCCGCCGACGGGCCUCCCGCCCCUGCACAUUUACUGGAUGAAUAUCGAACUGGAGCACAUCGAGCAAGAUGAAAGAGUGUACAUGAGCCAGAAGGGGGACCUGUACUUCGCGAACGUGGAGGAGCAGGACAGCCGGAGUGACUACUGCUGCUUCGCCGCGUUCCCGAAGUUGAGGACCAUCGUGCAGAAAAUGCCAAUGAAGCUGACAGUGAACAGCUUAAAGCCUAACGCCUCGGGCUCACCCACAGGAACUGGUUCCAGGGCCAAUUCGAUCAAGCAGAGGAAGCCCAGAAUGCUGUUGCCGGCCACCGAGAGGGACUCUGAGCAUCCCGUCACCGUCCUCAAAGGGGACACGCUGCUGCUGGAGUGCUUUGCCGAAGGCCUACCGACUCCACAGAUUGAAUGGAAAAAAAUGGGUGGAGAUCUACCAAAAGGAAGAGAAACCAAAGAAAAUUACGGCAAGACGUUGAAGGUAGCGAAUGUCUCCUACGAGGACCGAGGACGUUACCGCUGCACGGCCACCAACGUCCUGGGGUCGGCCACCCACGACUUCCACGUCGUCGUAGAAGAGCCCCCGCACUGGACGAAGAAGCCGCAGGGUGGCGUGUACAGCGCGGGGACCAGUGUCAUCCUGCUUUGUGAGGCGGAAGGCGAGCCCGAGCCCACCAUCCGCUGGCGAGUCAACGGCCUGCCCAUGCAAGAAAGUCCGUUUGCGGGCGGCGUUGUCCUCGCCGGGGAGGUGAGCUUCACGAACCUGCAGCCCAACCACUCGGCCGUGUACCAGUGCGAGGCCUCCAACGCGCACGGCACCAUCCUGGCCAACGCCAAUGUCGACGUCCUGGAUAUCCGUCCACUGAUACGAACCGACGAUGGAGAGAGCUACGCCGCCGUGGCGGGGUCCAGUGUGGCCCUGCACUGCGACUUCUUCGCCUCGCCCCAGGCGAUGGUGUCCUGGCUGAGGGCGGAGGAGCUGAAGCCCGUUGAAGGUCAGCGGUACCACGUCUAUGACAACGGCACCUUGCAGGUCAGCAGAGCCACCGAGGAGGACGCCGGCUCCUACACUUGCUGGGUGGAAAACGCCCGCGGGAAGACGGCGGUCACAGCCACUCUGGACGUCCGGAACGCAACGACAGUGGAGGUUUCUCCCAAGAACCCGCGGGUCCCCCGGUCCCACGCCCUCGAGCUGCACUGCGAGAGCCAGUGUGACCGGCACCUGAAGCCAAGCCUGACGCUGUCCUGGAGCAAAGGCGGGGACGCCCUGCAGCCCAGCGGCUCCGAGGACGGCAGGGUGGUCAUCGACGGGGCUCGGCUGACCAUCGCCAGCGUCACGCCCGAGGACCAGGGCGUUUACGCCUGCUCAGCCCGCACGGCUCUCGACAGCGUGGCCGACGAAACGCGCGUGACGGUGCUCGACGUUCCGGAUCCCCCGGAAAACCUGCGCUUGUCCGAGAGGCAGAACAGGAGUGUGCGGCUGACGUGGGACGCGGGGGACAGCCACAACAGCAACAUCACUGAGUACGUCGUGGAAUUCGAAGGAGACAAGGAGGUGCCGGGCAGGUGGGCAGUGCUGACCGUGGUCGGCGGGGAGGGGACCUCGGUCCUGCUCCCUCUGGCUCCAUACGUGAAGUACCAGUUCCGGGUCAUCGCCGUGAACGAGGUGGGCAGGAGCCUCCCGAGCAGGCCCUCCGGCCACCACGAGACGCCACCGGCAGCUCCCGACAAGAACCCACAGAACAUCAGGGUCCAAGCCUCUCAGCCCAAGGAGAUGGUUAUAAAGUGGGAGCCCCUGAAGCCCAUGGAGCAGAACGGACCGGGCCUGGAGUACCGCGUGGCCUGGCGACCCCAGGGGGCGCCCGCGGAGUGGGAGGAAGAGACCGUCCGAGAGCACAGCCUGCGGGUGAUGACGCCGGCGGUCUACGCCCCCUACGACGUGCAGGUGCAGGCCGUGAACCGCCUGGGCGCCGGCCCCGAGCCGCAGUCCGUGACCCUGUACUCGGGAGAGGACUAUCCCGACGCGGCCCCGGUGGUGCACGGGGUGGACGUCCUGAACAGCACGCUGGUCAGAGUCACCUGGUCCUCCGUGCCCAAGGACAGAGUCCACGGGCGGCUGAAAGGAUACCAGAUCAGCUGGUGGAGGACCAGGAGCCUGCUGGAUGGGAGGCCGCAGCCCAGAGAGGUGCGCACGCUGCGGUUCUCGGGGCAGAGGAGCUCCGGCAUGCUGCCCUCGCUGGAGGCCUUCAGCGAGUUCCGCCUCACCGUCCUGGCCUACAACGCCAAGGGUGCCGGGCCCGAGAGCGAGCCCUUCACGUUCCAGACGCCGGAAGGAGUGCCUGAGCAGCCGGCUUUCCUGAAGGUCGUCAAGGUCGACAGAGAUGCCGCCACUUUGGCCUGGGGGCCGCCUGAGAAGCCCAACGGCAACCUGGCUGGCUUCCUGCUGCAGUACCAGACGAUAAACGGCACGGAUGAGAUCGGGGAGCUGAGCGACAUCAACGUCACGGCGCCGGCCCAGCCCAGCUGGCGUCUGUCGGGCCUCAGCGCCAACACCAAGUACAAGUUCUACGUGCGGGCGUGCACGGCCCAGGGCUGUGGGAAGGCUGUCACGGAGGAGGCUGCGACGCCGGGGCAAGGCCAGCACGCGGGCCUGUCCGGGGACAUCGCCGCGCAGGGCUGGUUCAUCGGGCUGAUGUGCGCCGUCGCCGCCCUGACGCUCGUGCUGCUCGUCGUCUGCUUCGUGAGGCGCAACCGCGGCGGGAAGUACUCAGUGAAAGAGAAGGAAGACCUGCACCCAGAUCCGGAAGUUCAGUCGGGAAAGGACGAGACCUUCGGUGACUACAGCGACAGUGACGAGAAGCCGCUCAGAGGGAGCCCCCGGUCCCUGCAGCGGGACGCGCAGGCCACGGAGAGCGCGGACAGCUUGGUCCAGUACGGGGAUGGGGACCACGGCCUGUUCAGCGAGGACGGCUCGUUCAUCGGCGCCUAUGCCGGCGGCAAGGAGAAGGGCCCUGCGGAGAGCGACAGUGGCUCCGCAGCCACGUGCCCGCUGCGGGCAUGACGCGCCCUCUGGGGCGCCCUGGUCCCGGCCACCGGGCCGCCUGCGCUCGGGGACAGAGGUGCGCUGCCGGGGAGCCGGCCGGGGCUCAGCAUCCUGCGACCCGUGGGGGAGAGCGGCGCCGCCUGGGAAAAUAAAGGACCCAGCGCUGCGGGCCUGUGCGUCUUCGUUCGCUUUCUUCCCGGUGCCGACGAUGCAGAGGAAAUGAACCCUGCGUUCAGAUCCACCGCCCAAACCCAAAGGGUCUGCGCGUGUUCCCCGUGUCCGCAGGGAUGUGGGGACGCGCAGGGUCGCUGGGAACUGCUGAGUAGAGGGCAGGCGGUAAGCGGACCGGCUAUUUAAGUGUGAAGAGGAAUGUGAAUGUCUUACUAAAAUACCUUGUUGAGUAUGUACAGCCAAAAUCUACUAUUUAAGGCUUGCCAGCGUCUUAGGUGAGCAGCUGGUAUUUACUGAGCUCUGACCGUUGGCCCGGAGGCGGCCGUGCUUGGACGGCGGUCUCGCUGCUUCUCCAGUCUCAGCGUGAGUUGUCCUUUCCGUCAG